AUGGAAAAGAAACACGGAGGGUUUCCCCGAAAUGAAACUAGUGCACAUUUCAGGCAAAGGAAAUGGAACAACCGCGCGCACGGAGAUUCAAGUAAGGUCCGCGGGCGCGACUUACGCAACGUGACGCACGGGCACGACGUGACUGGGCUCGGGCGACGUGACACGGCGCGAGCGUGUCGCGUGACGGAGGUAGCGGCGAGUGGCCGCCGAGCGGUGCCGCGGGAGCGAGUGCGGCGAGCGGCGGCCGAAGUCGCACUGGCCGCCACCCCCGCGCGCCGCGCACGCGCGCUACCCCCACCCCUCUACCCAUCCCCGAUUGAUUGCCGCCCGGAUCAAGCGGGUGCGGCUCGGGCGCGUUCGGGUGCGAUCGGCGAUGACGUCACGGCGGACGCACGCGCGGCGACAGCCGGCCCCGCUACCGCUCAACAGCGUGCCCACUGCGUUAAGACUCCGCUCCGUUCGGGCGGACCACUUUUGCGCUCCAAUUGCCGCGCCAUUGUUGUGUGGAAUUGUGCGUCGCUAUUCGACCCGAUGCCGCUCCUUACAUACGAACGUUGCACGCACACAGAUUGUCCAUGGAUCCUGAUCGAACCCGACCGCGACGGAUUUCCCGCGAUCACGUUCGCUUAUUUAUGUGGGACGCGU